UUAUUUAUUAUAUUAAAAGAAUUUUCAAAAUGGCCGAGAACAUUUUUUUUAUUAAAGUCGACAAAAAAUCAACAUCUUCUGAAGAUGAAAAAUUUAACAUUUAUUUACAGUGCCGCUGGUUCGAAAGUUCAAUUGAACUGCUUUUAUGUGAUACACAAACAAAUAAAAGCUACAAGGUCGAAAUCGGGCAAGACGAAAUGUUUGAGUCCGCCUUAGAAUUAGAGAUACCAUUGGACAAAUUUAUAUCUGAAUGCAAAUAUGCAUUCACAGACAGCAAUGCAUCUGCUAGCUUUGAAUACGAGAUAGAAAAAGAAGAACCGAUCUUCAAACUUAUUAAAAAGACUGACUUCGAAAUUGUGUAUCUGAUGAACUACUUGACACCAAUUGACAGCAAUUUUGAAUUAUUAGAUAAUGCAAUUGGAUUCAUAAAUUCACAACGAGUAAAAAGAGAAUCUGCUUCAAGCCCAGUAAAUAAAGAACUACAGAAAUCUGAUGAAAAGUUAGAGGAAUUUGAUGCAAAAUUACAAACAUUGUUAGAAGAAAGAAGUAACGAAAAGGUAUCAUUGUACAAAAAAUUUGCUAUAAUCUUGAAUAGCAAAAAAGCAAAAAUUGCAGAAUUACAAGAAAAACUUAACAAACUUCAGUCAAAUAAUGUCAGUGGCAAUCAAUCAAUAAACGUAGACGAUGAUGAUAUUUCAAACAAUGUCUACGAUGUAGACACUGACCCGGAAGCCGACUAAGCAGCCGACUUUGUAUCGGAUACACCAACUUUACACAAGAAGCUUUCACAUAUUUAUUGAUAGUGCACAUUUAAUGUGAAUUUAAUGCAUAUUUUUUAUAUAUGUAUCUAUUUUU